AAGAGAGGGGCGGUGUUCGAGAAAGAAUUCCAGAAGACAGGAGUGGUGUUCGAGAAAGAAUUCCAGAAGACAGGAGUGGUGUUCGAGAAAGAAUUCCAGAAGAUAGGAGUAGUGUUCGAGAAAGAAUUCCAGAAGAUAGGAGUGGAGCCCGAGAAAGAAUAUUUGAAGAUAGGGAAAUCCGAGAAAGGGUUUUGGGAGACAAGCUUAGAGAGAGAAUCAAUGAGGACAAACCCAAGGAGAGAAUCCCGGAUAAUAGAUUAAGAAUUAAAGAAAAAUUUUCAAGUGACAGAUUAGGAGAGAGAAAUUCAGAUGAAAAACAAUUGAAUGAUAAGAUAAGGGAGAAAGACUUGGAGGAGAAUCCUAGAGAAAAAAAUGCGGAUGAUAAAACGAAAAGCGAAAAAAUAAGGGAGAGAAAUCAGGAAGAUAGGUUAAGGGAAAAAAUUAUAGAUGAUCGGGAAAGACCUUCGGAAGAUAGAACAAAAGAAAAGACUUUGGAUGACAAAUCAAAUGAAAAGUCAGAGGAAAAGGUGAAAGAAGAUAGAUUAAGAGCAAAAUCUAGAACGAGAGAAUUAGAGUCAAGAGACACUAUAAAGUCUAAAGCUAGGGAUAAAGAAUACGAAAAACUGACUGAAAAGGAUAAGGCUUCACGGCCACGAGAUAAGGAGAAUUUUGAAGAGCGAGGAAGGAGCCGUAAUGUUAAAGGCAUUGACCGGGAUGAAGAAGAUCGCGGUCGCGGAAAGUCUGAUACUCGCGAGCAUGACACUGAAGAACGGGGGC